AUGCUAUCUCAUAAUAUCAUGGUGAAACAGAAGAAACAGCAAGCAUCAGCCAUCAUGAAGGAAAUCCAUGGAAAUGAUGUAGAUGGCAUAGACCUGGGCAAAAAAGUCAGCAUCCCCAGAGACAUCAUGCUAGAAGAAUUAUCCCAUCUCAGUAAUCGUGGUGCCAGACUAUUUAAGAUGCGUCAAAGAAGAUCUGACAAAUACACAUUUGAAAAUUUCCAGUAUGAAUCUAAAGCACAACUGAACCACAGCAUUGCUAUGCAGAAUGGGAAAGUGGAUGGAAGCAACUUGGAAAGUGGGUCACAGCAAGCCCCACUGACUCCACCCAACACUCCGGAUCCACGAAGCCCCCCAAAUCCAGAGAACAUUGCACCAGCUAAGAAAAUAUGGGCAGGGACAGGUGAAGGGAAGUUAGAAUCUAAAAGCAACAAGUCAUAUCCAAGUGGAGGAAUGUCUGGGAGAACAUAUCUUAAGCAGGAGAGACAUUGUUUGCAAAGACACAGAGGCAAGAAAUUUAUGAUGAGCUUAGAAUACAGAGAAGUUGCCACCCCAUUUGGAGGUUUUGAAAAAGCAUCAAAAAUGGUUAAAUUCAAAGUUCCUGAUUUUGAGCUACUACUUCUAACAGAUCCCAGAUUCAUGGCCUUUGCCAGUCCCCUGUCUAGCAGACGGUCCUUUAAUAGGACUCCUAAGGGGUGGAUAUCUGAGAAUAUCCCUAUAGUAAUAACAACUGAACCAGCAGAGAACAUCACUGUACCGGAAUCAGAAGACCUAUGA